GAUAAUAAUGGCACAGGCAACUUGGUGCUUGCACUCAGCCAUUUUCUUCUGUGGUGCACUCAGAAAAUCCUGUGUGUGUCAACCUCGGUCUGUACAGAGGAUGUAGAUCGGCUUUGGGCACUGUACUUGCCAUUGCCUAGAGGAGUUACUGUUUCAGGAGGCUGUGUACCCAUCUUGACAGACUUGACCCUCCACCUACCAAGAGCCACAGUCACGGGCAGCACCCCUGCACUCACUGCGAGCGUUGAUUGGUUCUAAUUUCGCCUGGUGCUGAACAAUAAUAGGGUUCGGAAAUAUGCGGCCCGGCUGUCACCGGAGCAGGACAAGUUGAUGAAGCUUGUUUAAACUAACUACACCUUGUUUUGUGACCGAGACCCGCUUAUGACAUUGUGUUCAGAAGCUUUUGAACGCCAGUUGUCAGCCACAGCCAUGAGUGGUGAGGGAGCAGAGAGGGUGGUGAUGGUCACUGGCAGCACCGGACUGGUGGGGAACGCUGUGCGGAUCGUAACAGAGAAGGAGAAGCAGCCUGGAGAGAAGUGGGUCUUUGUCAGCUCCAAGGAUGCCGAUCUUACUGACAUUGAAGCCACAAGGGCCAUUUUUGAGAAGCACCGACCAACACACGUCCUCCAUCUUGCAGCCAUGGUUGGGGGACUCUUCCGCAACAUGAAGUAUGGCUGCGACUUCUUGCGCAUCAACAUGCUGAUCAACAUGAACAUCUUGGAGAUCAGCCACCAGAUGAAUGUCCAGAAGGUGGUUUCCUGCCUCUCCACCUGCAUCUUCCCUGACAAGACCACCUACCCUAUUGACGAGACCAUGGUCCACAAUGGCCCUCCACACAACUCCAACUAUGGCUACAGCAUGGCCAAGCGGAUGGUUGACGUCAUGAACAAGACCUACAACGAGCAGCAUGGCCGCCUCUUUACCUCGGUCAUCCCCACCAAUGUGUACGGCCCCCACGACAACUUCAACCUGGAGGACGGCCAUGUGCUGACGGGACUCAUCCACAAGGUGUACAUGGCCAAAAAGAACAACACUCCCUUCACCAUCUGGGGCACCGGCAAGCCCCGACGUCAGUUCAUCUACUCCCUAGACUUGGCGCGGCUCAUGAUCUGGGCGGUGAGGGAGUACGAAGAGGUGACGCCCAUCAUCCUCUCUGUUGAUGAGGAGGAUGAGUUGUCCAUCAAGGAGGCGGCAGACAUCGUGGUGGAGGAGAUGGGUUUCAAGGGGGAGGUGACACAAGACACCACCAAGUCUGAUGGCCAGUACAAGAAGACUGCGUGCAACGCCAAGAUGAGGAAGUACCUGCCGGAUUACAAGUUCACCCCCAUCAGGCAGGGCAUCCGGGAGACUGUGGAGUGGUUCACCGCCAACUACGACACUGCCCGCAAGUAGAGAUGGCCCACACCAGUGCCAAGCUAGCCAGUGGUGAGUGUGGGUGUGCCAGGGCAACUCACCAUCACCACCACCACCACUGCUGACCUUGAGACCUGCCUGCUGAAGGUUCAGGGGCAGGCAGAGCAGGCUGAGGGUGUGAGAGGUUCUCCUUUGCACCAUGGUAUCAAGAGGAGCAUGAAUGGCACUGUAUUCAGAAUGUUGACACUUCCUGAUAUUUUCCAAAGUUGAUUUUUUGCCAAAGGGGCACAACAGAGAGGGCCAUGGCAUCUGGCAGUGUUUUGAACCUGUGCUGUAAAUUUCUUUUAAAACAUCCAGAUUUGCUGAUUCCAGAUAACUUUUCUCUGAUUGAUUUUUCUGCUCAUAUACAUGCAGUACACAUCUGGUUCUUUUGGGCUUUAGAUACACAUGAUAUUUUAGUUGUGUUUGGAUGAGGACUGCCCAUCUGAAGGCACUGUUGCUCCCUUACCUGCCUGCAGCCUUUCCUUCUACUGCACACACCUGCCCUCUGCCAUUCCAGGAGGGAGUGCGUCUUCUUGGCUCCCCAUCAAUUACUGCUCACUCACUCACUCCCCACACUGGGUUUUUCCCAAUGCCAUUGCUUAAGGGAGGAAGGAGUGUGUCUUGCCUUCUGAGCAUUUUUUUUAUUCCUCUCAAUCACUCCAGUUUCAUCUGAUAUAUCUUAUAUUAUUGGUUUUCUAAUAAAGAAGUAUGCAUUUGUGUGGCAUACAUGGAA